GGCCACCUCUACUUUAUACUACUGUGCAGUAAAAAAAAAAAAAAUCAGGGAGGAUGAAAUUAAAGGGGGAAUUUCAGACUGUCAGUUCCCCAUCCUUCCAAAAAUCCAAACUAAGAUAGGGGAGUUUCCCCGCCACAUCCUUAAUUUCUUCAAUCUCUUCAUCAUCUUCAAACUAAACAGAUACUUGAAAACACAGAACAAAGUAGUAAUAAUGCUGAUGAAUUUUUAGAAGAGAUAACAAAAAUAACAAAUUGUUCAUCAAUGGAGAGCUUAAUCAUCCCCUGCAAAUCAGCCCCACCUAUACCAUUUCUUCCCGAUUUCUCUCACAAUCCCAUCAAAUCAACUGUAUCUUUCUCUAAAACUCACUUACCAUUUCUUUCAAAAACCCCAGAUUUUGCAAAAUUAAGUAAUCUUGUUAAAUUGGGUCAUUUUAGGGAAGCCAUAACUGUCCUAGAUUCAUUUUCUAGAAAUGGGUUUAAGCUAAAAGCUGAUUCUUUUACCCAGUUGCUAGAUAGUUGCAUUGAUCUCAAUUCAAUUGAAUUAGGGCGUGAAUUGCAUGCUAGAAUUCACUUAGUUGACGAUAUUAGUCUGUUUGUUGAGACAAAAUUGGUUAGUAUGUAUGCAAAAUGUGGGUGUUUGAGUGAUGCGCGUAAGGUGUUUGAGAAAAUGUCUGAGAGAAACUUGUUUACUUGGUCAGCUAUGAUUGGGGCAUGUGCUAGGGAGCAUAGAUGGGGUGAGGUGUUAGACUUGUUUGGUUUAAUGAUGGAAGAUGGGAUUUUGCCUGAUGGGUUUUUGUUUCCUAAGAUUUUACAAGCUUGUGGGAAUUGUGGAGAUUUUAGGACUGGGAGGUUAAUACAUUCGUUGGUGAUUCGAAGUGGGAUGAGUUCGUGUAAGCGGGUUAGUAAUGCAUUGUUGGCGGUGUAUGCCAAGUCUAACAAGUUGGGUUCGGCUAGGAGGUUUUUUGAGGAGAUGGAUGAAAGAGAUAUUGUUACCUGGAACUCAAUGAUGUCUGGAUAUUGCCGGAGAGGUGAGAAUGGUGAAGCGUAUAGGUUACUGAAAAUGAUGUGUGAGGAGGGGAUUGAACCUAGUUUGAUUACUUGGAACAUAUUAAUUACUGGUUACAAUCAAUCAGGUGACUGUGAUGCUGCCAUGGAACUCAUUGACCAGAUGAAAGGUUUUGGAGCGAUUCCUGAUGUUUUUACCUGGACCUCCAUGAUCUCAGGCCUUUCUCAGAAUAAUAGGGUAGUUGAAGCAUUAGAACUCUUCGGGGAGAUGCUUUUGGUCAAUGUUAAACCGAAUGAGGUUACCAUAGCUAGUGCAAUCUCUGCCUGUGCAUCUAUUAAAUCUCUAGAGAAGGGAAAGGAGUUUCAUUCGGUAGCCACUAAAAUGGGUCUCUCUAACAAUGUUUUGGUUGGAAAUGCACUAAUAGACAUGUAUUCAAAAUGUGGGGAACUCGAAGCAGCACGCAAGGUCUUUGAUCUGAUGUCUGAAAAAGAUGUUUAUACAUGGAAUUCAAUGAUAGGAGGCUACUGUCUAGGUGGUUACUGCGGCAAAGCCCAUGGCUUGUUUUUGAACAUGCAGAAUUCAGAGACAUCACCCAAUGUCGUGACUUGGAAUGUGAUUAUCUCAGGUUUCAUCCAAAAUGGAGAUGAAGACCAAGCCAUGGAGCUCUUUCAGAUGAUGGGUAAAGAGGGGAUAGUAAAGCCUGAUACAUCAACAUGGAACUCUCUUAUUUCUGGCUAUUUACAGAUGGAGCGCAAGUAUGAGGCAUUAAUGGUCUUCCGACAAAUGCAGUCCGCAGGUUAUCGACCCAAUCCAGUUUCAAUUUUGACAAUUUUACCUGCUUGUGGUAAUCUGACAGCAUCAGACAAGGUGAAAGAGAUCCAUGCUUGUGUGCUACGUGGAAAUCUAGAUGCUCAUAUCGCUCUUUCAAAUGCACUAAUUGACGUUUAUGGCAAGUCAGGCAACCUUGCAUACUCGAGGUCCUUAUUUAACUGUAUGUCAUCAAAGGAUAUCAUCACUUGGAACUCAUUUAUCUCUGGUUAUAUUUUACAUGGUCGUUCAGAUGAUGCAUUUGAGGCCUUUGAUCAGAUGACAAGGGAGGGAUAUAGACCAAACAGAGGUACUUUUAGUAUAGCAGGAAACGAUACCAACAAGAAGCCAGUUGUUGUUGGGCCAUGGGGCGGUCAAAGUGGAUCUAACUGGGAUGAUGGGGCAUACACAACUGUGAGGCGAAUACUAAUAACACAUGGAGCUGGUAUUGACUCCAUUCAUAUCGAAUAUGAUGAACAAGGAUCUUCAGUGUGGUCGGAUAAACAUGGUGGCAGUGGAGGCUAUAAAACAGAUGAGGUUAAACUUGCAUACCCAGAUGAAUUCCUGACAUCUAUUCAUGGUUACUAUGGGCCCUUGUAUCAUGGUGGGCCACUUUGUGUUCGAUCCCUGACCUUUGUCAGCAAUCAAAAAAUCCAUGGACCAUUUGGUGUCGAGCUAGGAACAUUCUUCUCUGUUCCAAAGGCUGGUGAGAGAAUUGUUGGCUUCUAUGGAAGAUCUGGUUGGUUCCUUGAUGCCAUUGGAGCGUAUUUGAAGCCCUUCGAACAAAGAAAUGUGUCAAAACCUAUGGUUCAUUCCCAAAAUUAUGUUACAAACGGGGUUGAUCAAUCUGGUUACUCAGUAAUACAUGGUAGUUUAGGAAAGGAUUAUGACAUAGUGCUUGCUAUAAAACAGAGGGAAAAUUACAGCCAUGGUCUUGCUCCGCCAAAAAUAACUGAGGUUGACACCAACUCGUCACCAGUAUCAUUCUCAAGACAAAGUUCACGUUCUGACUUCUCUGAUGUAGAAGGCAAAGAUAAGGUGUUGGCCCUUCCACCCGUUGCUGAGACAAAACCAUCAGGCGUUGUGACUCAUGGACCCUGGGGUGGCAAUGGAGGAACUUUGUUUGAUGAUGGAGUUUACAAAGGUGUCAGGGAAAUUAUUAUAUCUCGAAAUGUUGGUAUCGUUUAUGUGAAGGUGUUAUAUGAGCAGAACGGUGUAGCUCUAUGGGGAAGCAGGAAUGGAGGGACAGGUGGAUUUAAAAGGGAGAAGAUUGUCUUUGAUUAUCCUUAUGAAAUCUUGACACAUAUAACGGGAUUCUGUGGCCCAACGAUGAUUAGUUCUUCAAUUGUAAAAUCGAUCACGUUCCACACCACUAAGGGGAAACAUGGACCAUUUGGUGAAGAGCAAGGUGUGCCCUUUACCUCUAAAUUAAAGGAAGGGGAGAUUGUGGGCUUUCAUGGGAGAAAAGGACUGUUUUUAGAUGCCAUCGGGGUUCAUAUUAAGGAGGGGAAAGUAACACCACAAGUGCGCCCUCCUCUGCCUCUGAGUGACUUGGCUAUCAUACCUGCUACCGAUCAAAAUUCCUUGUGGCCUAGCAAGAAAAUAAUUGCAAGCGGAGCACCAGCAGAAGAGCCCGCUCACAAGGUUGUGAAAGAACCAGCUCAAUGUGGACCUGGACCCUGGGGUGGUGAUGGAGGAAAAUUAUGGGAUGAUGGAGUCUUCACUGGAAUUAAACAGGUGUUUCUGACAAAAUCUGAAGUAAUCUGUUCAAUUCAGAUUGAAUAUGAUCGACAUGGUCAGUCAGUUUGGUCAGUGAAACAUGGCGGUAACAGUGGUACAAAGACACAUCGGAUAAAACUGGAGUAUCCACAUGAAAUGCUUACCUGUAUAUCGGGUUACUAUGGUUCGGUAACUAAGGAUGAUCCUUCCAAAGUCAUUAGAUCAUUAACGUUUUAUACUAGUAGAGGGAAGUAUGGUCCAUUCGGUGAGGAAAUAGGAACGUUCUUCACAUCAACUACUACUGAAGGGAAAGUGGUCGGCUUCCAUGGAAGAAGUGGCUCAUACUUGGAUGCUGUUGGUGUACAUAUGCAGCACUGGAUAGGGAGCUACAAGCAGGCGAAACCUUCCGGGUUUUUCAAAAUGUUUGGCUGAAGAACAGCAAGGAGAUGGCGACUUCUUCAAUAACACAAUUCAGAGUAGCAAGUCAUUACACAUUGUUGGAUGCCUUUCUUUUUGUUCAGUGAAUUGUUUUUUUUUUUUUUUUUUUUUUUUUGACGGGAAACUCAACAAUUUAUUCAAUCAACUCCAAAUCGUUUAAUACAUAGGAUUGUUCAGUGAAUUGUUGGAAAUGCCUUUAUUGGGGAAUCUGUUGAGAAGAAUGUUGUUAGUUGCACUUACUGAUCACAGCUGAUUUUAUGUUGAAAUUGAUUAUAAUAGUUUAAAGAUAAUAGGGAAUGAAUCUUGUUUUA